AUGAAGCUGAAGAGGCCGGGCCCCAAUGGCGAGGAGUACAUCAUUCAACCCCCUUGCGGUGACGGUGACAACUGGGGCUGCAACAGAUUGGUCAAGGACCUCAACGUGUUGACCGAUGGCAAGGUUGCCGCCGACCUGGACACAACACCGUUCAACUGGAGGCAGCCAAAGGCGGUCGGAAAGGUUGCAGUCACGCAGUCACCCACGCCGGCUGAUAAUGAAUCGGAUCCAGGAGCUUCCGAUCCAGGCCAGGUCAAGCCGCCGCCCAAGCAUCCUUCUCAGAGUAAAAAGCCAGGCACAUCCCACGAUGAACAGGACCCAAGCAUCCGAGGAGACGGGGAGGACCAUCCGGGGCAAGGUGGUGAUGAUGACGACAACCCUAGCACUGGCACCAAGCCCAAGCCUAAGCCCAAGCCAAAGGGUAAUGGAAGGACACGUCGUCACUUUUACGCAUAG